AUGGCGCUCCAGGAAUUUGCGCAGCGCAUAACUCGCUGCCGGGAUUGCAAGGAUUUGUCCGGCGGAAGAGAGGUUCACGCUCAGGUGGAGCGCAGCGAUCUCGCGAACAAUCUCUUGCUCAAGAACCUCCUGGUGGAAAUGUACGCAAAGUGUGGGAGCUUGGAGCAAGCAUUCGAGGUCUUCUCCAGCAUCCAAGCUCGCAAUGCCUUCUCGUGGAACAUCAUGAUGUCCGGCUACGCGCAAAAUGGAGAUCUCCGCAACGCAGAGCGUGUCUUUAGAGAGAUUCCUCCUCCAGUGAGAAACCUCGUCUCCUGGAACACUCUCAUGGCAGCGUAUAUCCAAAAUGGACGGCUCGCGGACGCCCGGGAUCUCUUUGAUCAGAUGGAGGAGAGGGACGUGGUGACGUGGAACACGAUGCUCGGAGCAUAUGCCCAGGCCGGGUAUCUUGACGAGGCUAGAAGAAUCUUCGAUGGCAUGCCGGCGUGGAACGUUGCCACGUGGAACGCGAUGAUUUGCGGGUGCGUAGAGAACAAGCAUCUUGCAGUGGGAGAUUCUCUUUUGGAAAAGAUGCCGGAGCACAGCUUAGUAGCGUGGAAUGCCCUCCUUGCAGCAAAUGCCGAUGCCGGGCAUCUGGAAACCGUGUUAGGCAUAUUCAAGCGUAUGAAUGGGCAUCUGGAAGAUGCCAAGCGCGUGUUCUUCGAGAUGCCCUAUGGUGAUUUGAUCUCCUGGACGGCGAUGCUGUCGGCGUAUGCGCAGAACGAUCGAAUCGGCGAGGCGAUGGCGAUGUUUGAUCGAAUGCCACGACACUGCGUCGUGUCGUGCAAUGCAGUGAUCACUGGGUUGUGCGAGAGCGGUGAUCUUGCUGCUGCCAGGGCUCUCUUCGAUGCAAUGGAACAGCGCAAUCUCGUCAGCUGGAACGCGAUGAUCUCCGGCUACGCGCGGCGCCAGGAUCUCGCGAGCGCGAGGGAUCUGUUCGAGAGGAUGCCGCGGCGGGAUCAAAUCUCCUGGAACACCAUCGUUGCGGGCUAUGCCCAGCACGGGGAGCUGGAGGAAUCGAGGAGCCUGCUGGAUCGAAUGCCCGAGCGCGACGCGAUGGCGACCACGGCGCUCCUGGCGGCGUAUGCCCAGAUCGGACUCUUGGAAGAAUCGAUCGAGCUCUAUCAGGGGUUCCCUUCUCCUAGCCGAGACGUGAUCCUCUCCACGGCGAUGGUGGCCGCGCUGGCGCAAGCCGGGAGGCUCCACGAGGCGCAAGAGCUCUUCGAUCGAAUGCCACACUGGGAUGUGGUGUCGUGGACGUCGCUGAUUGCUGGCUACGCCCAUUUCGCCCACUUCAAUUCCGCGAUCGCGCUCUUCGCCGCCAUGCCGUGCCGCGAUCUCGUCGCCUGGAACGCGCUCAUUGCCGGAUUGGGGCAGAACAGCCGGAUCGAAUCGGCGAGAGCUCUCUUCGAUCAAAUGCCGUGGCGGGAUCUCAUAUCGUGGAACGCGAUGAUCGCCGUCUACGCGCUAAAUGGGCACCAUGCUUUGAGCCUGGAGCUCUUCCUGGCGAUGGCAAUGGAGGGAUUGGAACCCAGCGAUGUGACCUUCAGCAGCGUCCUCACAGCCUGCGCCCACGCCGGGAUGAUCGAUCGCUGCUCCAGCUGCCUGGAAUCGAUGCGAUCGGACUACAGCAUCGAGGAGACCCUGGAACAUCGACGAGCCCUAGUCGAUAUCCUGGGGCGAUCUGGGCAGCUCCACAGGGCCCGGGAGAUGAUCCAGCAGCAAUCCGGAGAUGGGAUUUCAUGGACGACGUUGGUGGGAUCCUGCAAGAUCCAUGGAAACCCGGAUCUCGCCAAGCACGCCGCCAGGCAAGCGUUUAGCCUCGAUGCCAAGAACUCCGCGCCUUACGUACAGAUAAAUUCGGCGAUGGAUAGGUCACCGGAUUUCCCAGAAAUUUGGUGCGUGUCUCAGCGAACAAGCGCCAGAUCUCUGCCUGCCGCUGUCGGGUCGAUUUCGCGGUCGCCUUUCUUCCUCUUUUUUCUGCCAAAGCGAAGCGGAAGAGGAAGAAAAGCUUCUGGGUUUAAAGGAGGGAGAAGCUUUAGCGACGUGUCGCUAUCAAAUUUGGACGAAAAGGAGCAUAGAUUUGUGGGCUGCAAGAGACGAGGAGCUUGGAACUUUAAUACCGGUUACUGGAAAGAAAGAAUGACGAGAAAAGAGGCUCUGGGAUGUUGGCAGCGGCAGUGUCGUACGUUGUGA